UUGCAAUUCGCUUUGAAUUGUCACAUUGGGGCCACCGUCCAGGUGGAGGAAGCGGAAGCUACGGUUGGCAAGGCAACAAAGAGCAGAAAGCAGAGUGCUGUGCCGCCUAAGCCAGGCCGGAGGUGUCAGCAUGGCUGAAGGGCGGCGGUACCGUGUGAGAGUCUAUGUCAUGAGUGAAGACAAGCUCUGGGACAAUAUUGGAACUGGACAGGUCUCAAUUAGUUAUGUAGAGAGGCUGCAGGGCGUAGCUCUGGUUGUUCGCUCCGAGACUGAUGAUUCACUGCUCUUAGAAUCAAAGAUAAAUCUCGAAACUCCCUAUAAGAAACUACAGGGGGUGUUGAUACUUUGGUAUGAAGCUGAGAACCAAGGUUUGGCACUGAGCUUCCAGGACAUCUCAGGCUGUCGUGAGAUGUGGGAGAACAUUUGCCGAAUACAGGGUAAAGACCCCAGCGUCAAUAUUACACAACCUUUACGCCAGUCCAAAGAAGAUCGGCCAACUGAAAGGGCAGACGCCGGUCGUUCGAUUCAACUCCCUGACUGUGAAAUCGAUGCACUGGAGCAAAUCGCCAAUUUAGUCACCUCGGCACUCACCUCACCCGUCCUUAGGGAAAGGCUGGGUAGGAACUUAGAGCAUGAUAAUUAUAUUAAAAAACUACUACAGCUGUUCCGCACUUGUGAAGACCAGCACAACAUUCAAGGCUUACACCGUUUAUAUGUCAUCAUUAAAAGCAUCUUAUCUCUGAACAAGACAGCUCUGCUUGAAAUCUUAUUUUCUGAUGAAUGUAUUAUGGAUGUGGUGGGAUGCCUUGAAUACGACCCUACAUUGGAUGAGCCGAAAAGGCAUAGGGAAUUCUUAACCCAAAAUGCCAAGUUCAAGGAAGUUGUACCAAUAACGGAUUCUGAACUGAAGCAAAAAAUACAUCAGACUUACAGAGUACAGUACAUUCAUGAUAUUCUUUUGCCUGUUCCAUCCGUAUUUGAAGAAAAUAUUUUUUCUACAAUCGCAGCUUUCGUUUUCUUCAACAAGGUUGAGAUAGUCAGCAUGCUUCAAAAAGAUGAGAAGUUUUUAUUUGAAGUUUUUGCACAGAUGAAGGAUAAGACUACAAAUGAUGAUAAACGGCGUGAAUUGUUGUUCUUUUUCAAGGAUUUCUGUGCAUUUUCUCAGACUUUAGAGCCUGAUAGUAAGGACAUGCUAUUCAAAACAUUGACAGAGUUGGGAAUUCUUCCAGCUCUUAAAAUGGUAAUGAUUGUGGACGAUUUGCAAACCAAAACAGCAGCUACAGAUAUACUUGCUUAUCUAGUAGAGUACAGUCCAUCCACGAUUCGAGAAUAUAUAAUGGAAGAAGCACAGGAGAAGGAAGAUGAUGACCUUUUUAUUAAUAUGAUAAUUGAACAAAUUGUUUAUGAUACUGAUCCUGAGCUUGGUGGGGCUCUUCAUUUACUUGGACUUCUUCGUUGUCUACUUGAUCCAGACAACAUGCUGAUAACAGUUAAUAGAUGUGAAAGAAGUGAAUUUCUCAAUUUUUUUUAUAAGCAUUGUAUGCAUAACUUAAUAGGACCGCUUCUGGCUACUACAUCAGAAGACAGAUGUGAAGAUAAUGCAGUUGGGUCUGACGAAAACAAAAAAUCCUCUAAUAAUUAUCAAACAGCACAGCUGCUAAAUUUAAUUUUAGAACUACUCAUGUUUUGUGUGCAACAUCACACACAUUAUAUAAAACACUAUAUUUUGAACCAUGAUUUGCUAAAAAGAGUCUUGAUGUUGACUACUUCAAAGCACAUUUUCCUGCUCUUGGCGGCUAUUCGCUUUAUGAGACGGAUGAUUGGCAUUAAAGAUGAACUUUACAAUCAUUACAUCAUCAAGGAAAAGCUUUUUGAGCCAGUGAUAAAGGCCCUUCUUGAUAAUGGAACUCGUUACAAUAUGUUGAAUUCAGCUAUUAUAGAGCUGUUCGAGUACAUAAGAGUGGAAAACAUCAAGUCUCUUAUUACACACAUAGUUGAAAAUUAUAAUGUACUUCAGUCUAUUGAAUAUGUUAACACAUUCAAAGGACUAAAAAACAAAUAUGAGCAAGAGAAGCUUAGGCAGAGUCAAGUAAAGGAGAAUUUACAUUCUGUACUAUAUAAUAAAAUACUUUGCCAAGCAGUCAACGAUUUGGACAUGAGAGAAGAAGGUUGCAGUAAAGAUAAAAGAGAAGCUGUUUUACCACCAUUAGAGAGUGACUUUUCAGGUUCUGAUGAUUCGUUUAUGGACACUAAAAUGGAUGAAAAUGAAGACAAAGCAAACCUCCCCAAAAGAACAUCUUCUGGGGGCUUCAAAUGUCCUUCCCCACUUUCUGGGAGCGCUGAUGAUGGAACAAGUAACACAUACAGAAGCAGUGUGGUUGAUUUAGUGAAAGAUCCAGACAAUGAAGAAAAUGAAGGAAAUGAAGACGCAAUGUUCCCCAGAAAAAGACCACAUUUUAGCUCAUAAAACACUAUGGGAUGCCCUCAACAUAAGAUUAAACUAGAAUUCCAUAAAAUGACAAUCAGCUAAAAAAAAAAAAAAAAACCACACACACAAAAAACCAGCAGCGUCUGCAUAUGGACUUACACAAUAAGAAACAAAUGUAAAGAACUAAGAGGGUUUACGUCUAGAACUAAAAACAAUUCCCAUAAAACACCUAUUAAAAUGUA